AUGGGGCAAGGUCUCACAUGUGGGGCGACACUUGGAACGGCAAUUUCAAUUAGUGCUCUCCCUGCACGAAUUUCAGUACCUAGUCACUUGGGUAUCUGCGCCGCUGGAGCUGGUUGUGGAUUGUGUGUAGACUUUAUUAGCGAUUGUUUUGCAAAAGAAGGACGUGUUAUUAUUCAUCGAGAUGUUGUGUUGCAUGCCCAAGAUGUUUUGAGACAUGUGUCAACGUUUUAUGCGGUGUGUGAGUCUAACCCUAUUUCCAAGUUAUUCCAGCAAAAACAUGAGUGGCUGGUGUUGGAAUCCCACAGUCAGCGGUAUUAUGUAGUCCAAAAGAAUCCUGCUACAGGUGAUGUCUUGAUGGAUGUUCGAAAUUCUCUUCGUGGGGCAAACGAUCUUGGAUUAAAGGUUGCAGGGCGUCCACUGCACACUGGUGAGGUACGUCAGCAUCGUGUAGAUUGUGAAUUUGACCUUCCGAAUGAUCUGUUAGUUGCAUAUAUGAUAGCGUGGAUGCGAAAGGAAGAUCCUAGAUGGUCAUUCUCUACAGAGAACUGUAGGCAUUUUACAACACGUGCACGUUAUGCCUUGAAUGAUUUUUAG